GAUUAAGCCCCACAGAUCUCUUCCUCUCUGAGCCCGUUACUCUACCCAGCCCGUUACCGGUCCAUUUCCUCGGCCCAAAAUCCACUUUCAACCCGUCUCCUUUAUCAUCUCCAUCCCAGCCCACUCUCAUCACUCCCCAGCCCAAAUCCCCUCCUCGGCCCACUCCCAUCACUCCCCAGCCCAACUCCCCGCCUCGGCCCACUCCCAUCAACCCACAGCCUAUUCUCCCUUCCCUCUCUAUCCGUCACAGUGAUCCCACCCCUUCCAAUCCGAUUCCUCCACCUAGUCCUCCACCUUUGCUUCAAUACCACCGCCCCGCACCUCCACCCAUCCCCCGUCGCCACCCCUGAUAUAGUAUCAUCGCCAUCCUAGACCUACUGCCCCGCCUUCUAUUCCUCCUCCCAUGUCCUCCCAUCCAAUCCCCACUCCAUCACCACCUGUUUCCAAGAUCCCCCAUCGUCCCCGUUUUAACAUUUCCCCUCGCAUUGUCCCACCACCAGCGCCCAGCCCUUCCCGGCGGAUUCUCACUCGCACUCAGACCGGCAAAUUGCCGCCGCGCCAGUACCUUGCUGCUGCUCCAUCUGGCAUACCAUCAACUGCUGUUCAAGCCCUCAAAUUGCCCCACUGGCGAGCUGCUUUGGUCACCGAAUUUGACGCACUUGUUCGCAAUCACACCUGGGACUUGGUUCCAACCCCGCCUGAUUGUAAUGUUCUUUCUAACCGCUGGGUGUUUGCAGAGAAGACUAAUCCAGACGGUUCUCUUGGACGGGAGAAAGCACGGCUUGUUGCUCGUGGCUUUGAGCAAAUCCCCGGUCAUGAUUUUGGUGACACUUUUAGCCCAGUAUUGAAGCCAGCAACCCUUCGUCUUCUCCUGGGCAUUUCCGUCUCCAAUGCUUGGUCGUUACACCAACUCGAUAUCUCCAAUGCAUUCUUACACGACACCCUUAAAGAGGAGGUAUACAUGCGCCAGCCAGUUGGAUUCAUUGAUCCCGAGCAUCCGGAUUACGUCUGUCGUCUACGAAAAUCUAUCUAUGGAUUGCGCCAAGCGCCCCGUGCUUGGUUUCACUGUCUGUCACAGGCACUUCGAGACUUUGGCUUUGUUGCUUCUCAGACGGAUCCCUCACUUUUUAUUUACACGAGUGGUUCUUCUCUCCUUUACAUGUUGGUCUAUGUGGAUGACCUGGUGAUUACAGGUAACGAUUCGUCCGUUAUACAGCAGCUUCUGGUUCAUUUCCACUCCAAGUUUGCUCUCCGAGACCUUGGUCGUCUAUCAUAUUUUCUCGGACUCGAGGUUCAUUACACUCCCACUGGUUUGAUCCUAAAUCAGCGCAAGUAUAUCCUCGAGCUGCUGGAACGCUCAUGAAUGGCUCAAGCCAAGUCUAUAUAUCCAGCCUUGUACUCCUGACCAGUUGGUACAAAGUGGGUCUGAUUUGUCACCAGCAUUUGAUAAUCCCAGCCUCUACAGGAGUAUUGUUGGCGGUCUGCAGUAUUUGAGUUUCACAAGACCGGAUAUCUCCUUUGCGGUGAAUCACGUCUCCCAGUUCCAGCACUCCCCUACAGAGGCACAUUGGGCAGCCGUGAAAAGAAUCAUGCGUUAUCUUCAAGGUACCAUCACUCAAGGAUUGCUCUUCCAACGGUCUGCUCAUUCCCAGUUACAUGGUUAUUCAGAUGCUUCCUUUGCCUCUUGUCCCAAAGAUCGAAAAUCUAUUUCUGGGUUUGUUGUUUUUCAUGGUUUGAAUUUGGUGUCUUGGUCGACUAGAAAACAGAAGGCGGUGGCCAGGUCUUCCACGGAAUAUGAAUAUCGAGCCCUCGCUACUCUUGCAUCAGAAGUCAUUUGGCUACAGGCGCUACUCGCGGAACUCGAUUAAUCACCUUCCUCUUCUCCUGUUCUAUGGUGUGACAAUUUGGGAGCCACCUACCUUACUCACAACCCGGUCUUUCACACGCGCUCCAACCACCUCGAGAUUGAGUUUCACUUUGUUCACGAUCGGUCAACAAGCAACAACUACAUGUCCGGUACCUUCCAGCAACCGAUCAACUUGCCGACGUUCUUACGAACCCUCUUACCCGCCAGUCAUUCCGUGGCUUUUGUUCCAAGUUGCACCUCUCCGAGGUUCCACUUGCGAGGGCGUGAUAAGGAGGAGAUAUACUCGAAACUACUUCCCUAUUCUUCUCCUUCACUACUUGUUACUGUUAUCAUUCUGUUUCCUUAGUUUACGUUAGUACCACUGCUUUGCUUAGGAAUAGCUUUCUGUUAUACUCCUCAAUGUAUAUAUAUACAUAUCAAUAAUACAAGUAGAAUCAGAUU